CCCCUGUCUGAGUUACUGGACAACACCCCCAGAAAUGAUGCUCCGACCAAAUCCCCCUCAAAAACCAUCAAAACUAAUAUUGGUCUCCAGGAGGCCGAAAAGAGUCGAAAGGAAGCCAAGCGAGCCGAAAUGGCCCGUCUCGUGAGCCAAGGUUCCCAGUACACCGAGCUGGUGGAGCUGGAAGCUGACUUGUCAGAUCGCAGUCUCCUGUGCCGACUGGAGAAACGUGACGAAGUUGAGGAGCGCUUGCUGUCUCAGCAUGAACAGGAGUGCCAGAUUGUCACCUGCAAAACGUAUCUUUUUCUGUCAAGUUGGAUGUGUAAGCGGAGUGUGAUUGGCUGA